GUUCAGGGGGCGGAUGAACCUUUGAACCGUGCCCCUCCCUCUCACGAUGAGUGUAUACAGUCUGAUAUUGCUCCCUUCCAUCUCACCCACCAGGCAGGCAAGCCAUCAUCCCCUCUGGCUGAUAAAAUGGGAAAUCAGACAAGGGGCUGCUGAGUACGCAGCCUGGUCUCCCCGAGCCGCCACGCGUUCACCGGGGAGAGGGGAACCACGGGACGGGCAUGGCCUCUCGCUUCAGCAGAGACCACGGCCAGCGAGAGGGGAAAGGGGCCGGGCAGGUGCCACAGCCAGCCCCCACUGACACCCUCUGCCUCAGCAACCUGCUGAAUGCCUUGAGCUCAUCACCUGGCAGGCCUGUCCCAGUCACCUACCAGCACCCCGGGGCUCCUGACAGGCACCUCCUGCCCAGGAACAAGGGAAGGGUUCAGGGGCUGCCAGUGCUGGGCAGAGGCAGGUGCUCAAGCCGGGCCUGGCCAUUACUAAUGACGGCCCAAACACGGCAUUGUCCAGGAAGAAGACAGAGCAGCACUGCUGAGCCCCGGUUCUUGGGGGAGGGCGAUGGGGCCAAUACUCCAUGGGGCCUGAUACCCAUGGAUCACGGGGUGCAGUGGCUCAGAGCGGGAAUGGUCGUGAACCUUCCAGCUGCCCUAGGAGCCACUGUCUCUUGCAGCCAGCCCCUUGUUUGCCUUCUGCCACCUGCUGUGGGCACUGGGCUCCUCUGGCCCUGGGUAGGGGCCAUUGCCGGCCGCCACUCCGUCACUGUCCACUUUGUAAUGCCCUCCCCUGCCCCCACAAACUCCGCCCAUGGCUGCACCAGCAGACCACCUGGGACUGUGUCGCGGCCCACAGUUCAGGAACCCCUGCCCUAGAGCCCACCGCAGAGGCCACCUUGCCCUUGUUGCCCAUGAGGCAUGAGCGGUAUCAUCCCCGGCUAGCGGGCAAAGUGCGGCACCGAGGAGGGAAGGGACUGGCCCAGGACAAUCCAGUGGGUGACAAGGAAUGGAUCACUUGAUGGUGACGUAUUCUGUUCAUUCCCUCUGGGGCACCUGGCAUUGGCCACUGUUGUAAGACAGGAUACUGGGCUAGAUGGACCUUUGGUCUGACCCAGUAUGGCUGUUCUUAUGUUCAGUGUUGUGUGUUUGGAGGGAGGGGUUUAUUUUACAGCAUGAAUCUUAUGGUAUUUGGUGUCUUUCCUAAAUCCCCAGCUUCUGGAGCCAUGUGAAAACGUGAGAGUCUCCUUUUUUUUCGCUGGAGAUGGGACACUGGAUGGGGAGGGUUCUGGAUUACUACAGUGAAUUCUUUCCCAGGUGUCUGCAUGGUGGGGCUCGCCAACCAGCUUAGGGUCUAACUGAAGGAAUUUCCCCCCAGGUCAGAUUGACAGGGUUCGCCUUCCUCUACAGCAUGGGGCACGGCUCACUUGCUGGUUUAAAGUAAGGAGUGGAUUCUCUGAAACUUUAAGUCUUUAAGCCAUGAUUUGAGGACUUCAGUAACUCAGCCAGAUGUUAGGAGUCUAUUACAGGAGUGGGUGGGUGAGGUUCCGUGGCCUGCAGUGUGCAGGAGGUCAGACAUGAUGAUCACAAUGGUCCCUUCUGGCCUUAAAGUCUGAAUCUAUGAGCCUUCAUGAGUGAAGGGAAAAGCUUGAAAACAUGACUCCUAAAGGCUUUAAAAGCAUAGAGGCAGAACUCAAAAUGUACAGCUCUUAACUCUCUUUUUUUAAAACCAAACUCGUGAGACAGGCUCCCUGGAAAACUCCUUGGCUUUGAUUGCUUGGCGUGAAUUUGGCAAUGCUGAGGAUCACGGAGCAAAUCAGUAGAACUGUUGGGAGUAGAACCCAUGUGUCUUGACUCCUGCCUAAUGAUCGUCACAUAAAACUAGCCUCUCUUUACACACAUUUUGCAUUUUCUUAGCCCUUCUUCCCCCAAAAUAAUUUAGAGCACAGAGCCUCAGUGGUCCAUGGGGCAAUGGCAGGUUCUGCUUAGGAGACAAGCAUGCAGCAGGAGUAGUUGCUUCAUGGCUAAUCUUUGUGUAAUUGCAGUGGCUGGCCAGUUCAAGUAUAUAGAGACAGAGUAUAGCCAGCAGCCGCCUACCCACAACGUGUUUCCUGCUGGAUUCUCCUGGGGGACUGUAUUUUGUGUUUUAAUGUCGCUGCUCACUAGGUGCCUUCCUGCGUCUGAGAAGUUUCCCUUACUUGCUGGGUGGAGCAAAGUAGUGUUACUGAGCCUUGAGAGCACAUCUGGCAUGUGCAGAGUUGGAUUCUCCCUUCAAAGAAAGAGAGAAGGAGAAGGAAGUAGCACCUUCCAUGGGGGAAUAUGAUCCAGGUGUUACCUUUGCCUUGUCCCUUUGUUCCCAUCCACAUUCUGAGCUGUAUCAUAAAGCGGUACUGUGAAAAGAGGUUUGUUCCCAAAUACCUAGCGACGAUAGGAAUCGACUAUGGCGUCACCAAAGUGCAAAUUAGAGAUCGCGAGAUUAAAGUCAACAUCUUUGACAUGGCUGGGCACCCCUUCUUCUAUGAGGUUCGCAACGAGUUUUACAAGGACACUCAGGGGGUUGUCCUUGUGUAUGAUGUUGGCCAAAAGGAGUCAUUUGAUGCACUGGAUGGAUGGAUGGCUGAGAUGAAGCAGGAGCUUGGACCUCAUGGAAACAUGGAAAACGUUGUCUUUGUUGUCUGUGCCAACAAGAUUGACUGCACCAAGCACCGCUGCGUGGAUGAGAGCGAAGGGCGACUGUGGGCAGAAAGCCGGGGGUUUCUUUACUUUGAGACCUCAGCACAGACAGGAGAAGGAAUCAAUGAGAUGUUUCAGACCUUCUAUUCCGCAAUUGUUGACCUGUGCGACAAUGGUGGGAAACGCCCCACGUCGAGCAUGAGCGUUGGGUUCACCAAAGAGCAGGCGGACACCAUUCGGAGGAUCCGCAACAGCAAGGACAGCUGGGACAUGUUGGGAGUCAAACCUGGAGCCACAAGGGACGAGGUGAACAAAGCCUAUCGGAAGCUGGCAGUGCUGCUCCAUCCGGACAAGUGCGUGGCUCCCGGCAGCGAGGACGCUUUCAAAGCUGUCGUGAAUGCGCGGACGGCGCUUCUCAAAAACAUCAAAUAGAGGACGGAGCCGGAAAACCCACCCUGGUGGACCCCAUGCCCACAGUUCCUGGAGAGCCAGUUGACCAGGGCAACCCUCUCCUCCCCAGCACCCGUUACUGUCUUAGUAAUGGAGACUAGGGGCCUCCUCCUGCUUCCACUAACUGCCGUAGGAACAGGAGUUGGCCCUCGGUAGCUGCGUUUCACCAUGCGCCAGUUUCUUUCUAUGUCGAGAGCUGAGCAGAGGAGCUGUGUCCCAUGCACCCAGCCUUGAGCAAGUUCCUGACUGAGUCUGAGGCCCAGGUUCAUGAUUGGCAUAAGCAGGUGCAGUGCCCCUGAAGACAGUGGUGUUGCACAAGUUCUCACCAACAAUGGAUUUGGCCCCCGGUCUUGUUUCAGGUGAAUUCUUGAAUGAAGUCUCCCCCGCUAGGCAUUACUGGCCCUUGAGGCCUCUCCUUAGAUGAGUGGGAGGGGCUGGCUUCGAGCCCAUCGUUGUGGUUGUUUAUCCCAAUGCUAAAAACAGCAAGAGUAAUCUGGCCUACUCCAGCACAAACAAGUCCCGUGUGCUGUGGCCUGAACGAUCAGCCUACAGCAUUGGCUCUGUGUUUGCUCUAGAUUCAGAGGCAGGACGCCGGCAGAGGCAGCUACAAAUACCUCUGAGGUCCAAGGAACCUCAGGUUAUGGUCCCUGAUUCCUUGAAACUAGUAGAGAAUGUCAGUGACCUCUGUGUUAGACACGUGGGAUCAGGGGCUGACUUCUUGGUCACAACAGGACAUAAGCCUGCCCAUUUCUUAGCCGCUUAAGUAAGGGCCCGAUAUGGAACUUGGAUGGGCAGUGAAUUGUCCCUGGUGGGAGAGAACCCUUCUCCAGCCAGACUGGGAAGCACUAUCGCUGGGGAGGGGAGGGCAGAGGAAUGCAGCUUCUCGAAUGUGGCUUGAGUGCAGAGGCCUUUGCUCUUUGUGCCUAUGCCAAAAGCCCAGCGAAUUCCCUAAAGAGAGCACAGCGGGGAUGAAAUCUGGGACGUGAGUGUUUAAAACCAAAUGCCACGCGCCUGUGGGCCGACUGUCCGCAGGGAGAGGCUGAGCGCAAUGCACCAGGGAAUCCUAUGCCCUAAGAUUGGACUUAAAACAAUAUUCACCCCCGGCGCACCUGAGCGUGCUCCAGAUUCCUGUUUCAGCAGCGUGGGCCUGAAAUGCUGAUCACCCUGAGCUCCGGUUGACUUCACAGGGAGCAGAGUGCCCCUCUCCUGUCUGGCACGUCUAGGAAAUGGCCCCUGAGACUAAGUUAUUUCAUAGGGACGAGCCAAUUCUAUGUUUCCUCGUGUGCUAAGCAGCACCACCUAUCCUGAGCCUGCAGAAGUCAAAGGCAGUCUGACUUUCACAGCAAAAAGCUUAGUUAUUUCUCUGUCUCUGAGCCAGGCUGCAGAAACUUCACUCCUGGAAAUACUAAACCCAACAGGAGAGAUGUGCCUGAGGAAAGAUUAAAGAUUAGAUGGUGCUUAAACCUGCCUGGGGAGGAAAGGGAGCAAGGAAUUGUCUGUCGUCCUCAUCCCUCUGCUCCAGCAUUGCUGCUCAAAUAGCAGGAACAAUCUCUGUCCUUCUCCCCUCUCAGAUUGCAAGUUGCUGGGGGCUCGGGCCCCAACCCUGCCAGGGUAGGGCUGCAGAUCCAGCAUCUGCUACGGGCAGGCUGCUUUAUUGGGAAGGGCACACUGCGCCCUUAAAGGGUGUUGCUGCCGCCGCCCACGUACAGCCACUCCCACCUCUCCCCGAAGGCAGGUUCACGGCCACAGGCCAGCCCAGAAGAAACACUGCAGGAUUUGCCCCAUUCACUAUGAUCCUAGAGCCUGGGAGGCUUCCAGCUCUGGGAAGCUCUGUUGUCACUAAGCGGAGGCCAGAUAUUCUUCCUGUAGUCACACCUAGAUAAUGAUGGCAUGAAUGUCCCUACGAAUAUGACAAGGCCCAUCUACCCAGUGUUAUCAUCCUUGCCAUAUCCUCCCAGUUACAGCCUGAAAUCUCCCACCACGGGCUUUCUCUGGCUCGUUGAAAUAACCUUAGCAGAGUGGGAUGCACAGGCUCUGCAGCUGCUUAAACCUCACAUAUGUGUCUCUGGCCCUCCAUAAACUUGGCAUGAUACUGAUUAAGGUACCAGUGGGUACAAGCCUGUCCUGAUGGGGUUGUUCAAGUGAACAGUGUGCCCCCCCCCACAGCCCUUGCACGUAGGAUGAGGAAACUAACACACGGAGGAAUUCUUUCAGGAAAAUACAGGCCCAGGUUUUGUUGUGCACCUCUGAAAACAGAGCCCCUUCUUUUGGCACCCAAGCCUUGCACACUUCGUUCAUUCCCUUUAAAAUUCCUCCACUGCAAAUCUGCAUGCAAGUAAGGCAGCUUCCUAGGGGUACCAGAGCAAAUGGGGUUAGGACAUUUGUGAGAGUGGAGGUGCAUGUUUGUGUUUGUGACAGUGCUGGAAAUAGCAAUCAUCUCUUCUGCUAGGGGAGCAAAACCAUUGCACUCAUUUGAUGGUGGUGUGAAGGGAAUGCUUUAGCUCUUACGAAACGUCCAGGGUGAGACUUCCAAGCCAAAAAUGAGAGCACCACCCGUUGUAUAUUGAUCCACCUGUGCACUUUAAACUUUGACACUGUAUCAUAUGUGAUGUGGAGAGUAGGCUUUGCUUGUGGGUGUAUUUUCUCUCACUUCAAAUAAGUCUCUCCCCCUGCUUAACCUGUUAGAUUACAAGUUCAGUCUUCUGACCAUUGUGAAUGUCGUGCAAGAUAAAAUUGCCAUAAACCCGGGUGCCGCUUCUUUGUAUUUUCACAUGCUGUUUUCUUGGUCUUGCGUAUUGUGUUGCAUUCUGGGCAUCUCAUUUAGUCAGAGUUCUCCUGACGUCGCGACGUAAUUCUUACAAGGCUGUGGUCAGUAGUUUAGGCUCAGAAUUUGGCCAUUCUGCUCUUCCUGAGAAACUAUAGCCAUGAUUUUUGCUGGAACCACAUAGAAACAAAGCUGUGCGCUCCCGCUACGGGUCUGCAGCAGCUAAUCAGCUUUCUCCCUUGCAUUUCCAUGGGUGCCAGCUAGAAAAGGACAAUCAGUAGGGGACAGAGGCUUGAAGCUAUGAAAGUAUUAAACAGCGGGAAAUUAAAGACAAAUUCCACACACGCACCCCACAACGGAGUUUUCCGUUCUUAAAAUCCAUUAUUUCAUGCAGUUGGUGCAAUUCAAGACAUUCUUUCCCUCUCACUUUCAAGGCAACUUUUCUGUCUCUCCCUCCAGCGCUGCCAAAAGCAAUGUAAAGGUUGAUUUGUUUGUUUGGCUGCGAAUUUCAUAAGACUACAUUAUUUUGAUCUACACCAGGUUUCUGAUGCCAGAUUGCGGGGAGGGGAGAGAAGAGAUCUGCUGAAAAGCAGCUGUUAUACCUCAGACAUAUAAAUAAUCAUUUGAGACAUUGCUCCAUAAGGUUAACUUUAUUUUUAAAUUAGCAACAUUUCUUCUCUCCGAAAGCAAAUUCAAAUGUUACGGGGCAGAUCCUGUGCUGGUGUUAAAUCAGCAUUGGAGUACGUGGAGCUAGGUCAGUCUACAUUCUUAAGCUCUUUGGAGGCCUUCUCAUCUCCCAUGCUAAGGAAACCACUUGAUUCUGGCUUCAAACCUAGUUCUCUGUGUAUUUUCCAGGAAGGAAGGAUAAAUAAUUCUGCUGCUGGAUGGUGCAAUUCCAAGCCAUAAUUCUAGGAAGAGUCUUGUUAAUGGCCGAUUGUUGUUCAGAAAUACUUCCUAUGUUCAGGGAUGCCCUUACCCCUUCUGGAUUGUUGGAUAUAUAAACUGUGACUGCACUGUGUUUUACUCUUAUAAAAAUACCUUUUAUUCUAUUGGUUGAAUUUAUGUCUGCUUUUGUUGUUUACAAGAACUGACUGGAAACACUGAAAUGACUCUACGCAUGCAUGUCUUAUCUAGAGACUUGAUGUACUUUUAAGCUGUGUAUUUUUAUAAAGCAAAACUGAGUUUAAAACAAAA